CUCGAACCUGGAGCCAAUACCCUUGCGCACUCCUUGUCGCAGUGCAGGACAACUACCGAGAGACUGAGGGUCAACUGUACACAAUCAGACUCUCACCAUGUGGUCCCCUGGUACACUAGUACUUCGUCCAAGACAUGCCCCAAAGCUUCAUGAGCUGGAAACAUUCAUUUUCGAGCCUCUGAAGACGUUGCUUUAGGAUUCCUUAGGAGAAACUGAUCACUCGUAAAACCCUCGUCAUGAUGGGCAUUCUCUGGUAGUGCCUAUUGGACAUCAUGGAUAGUUCCUCACUCAUAUAUCAUCCCUACCUACUUACCUUUCCUAUCAUCAUUCCUCUCCCUUGCAAGGGCGCCACGCAUGGCGCUUUUCUGCGGCUGCCAUGGGCAGACCUGUCAGUGUUUCAACCAUCUGUGCCAUUUCAAGCAUAGCGUGCUGUCACAUCUAUGGCUAGGUGCUCUCCUACCUACCUGUACCUGUGCUGACUUGAAGUGACUUUUUUGUUCCUUCCUCACCUUGGUCCUAUUUCGAUAGCAUCCAUUUCAUUACGCUUGCUAACAUAACAUCACCAGUAACGCUCGAUUCCGAGGUGGCUCAGCUAAGCCUUCUUCUGGCCCUCAAAAGAGCCCAACUGGUUCUACUGCCAGUCAGCCUCCACCGCCAGAGCUGCCUACUCAAGGGAGCCAAUCUUCCUCAGCUAGCUUAGCUCCCAAGGUCCCCCCUCUGCCUAACUCUCCUUCACUCGCUCAGACCAUUGGCAUGGAUGACUCUAGCGGCGUCAUGAGCGGCGACGAACUAAUUUCUUCCUAUCAUCUUCCUCGACCUCUCCCUCUGUGGCUCAAUGCCCAAUAUGCUAAGCACAUAGUAAAGGGUAAUUUCAUGACACUGAGCGCCCGACCCAAGACGGUCGAGCAAGGCGAGUGGAUUGCACACCAGGUUGUUGAGCAUUACCGCAACCUGUGGAAUUUUGUUAGGGUUCUCCACGAAAAGGAGGAUGAUGGUACAUCCAUCUGCAACUCUACCAGCUGCCCUCGCAUGUCUGCUGGAGCUAACCACUCUUUUACCUGGCUCAACCGUAACAGGGAGCCUGUUGAGCUUCCCGCCUAUGAGUACAUGACUCUUAUGCAGCGAUGGAUUUCUGGUAAAAUCGACGACACCAACAUCUUCCCAACGGACCCUUCUGGUGUCUCGUACGCCCACAACCCCUCCAUCACCACCACACCUUUGUCCCAACUCUCGAACCCUGGCGAGCCCGAGUACAUCGGAAAGCGAUCAGGCUUCCCUGAUAAGUUCGUCGAUAUCUGCCAGAUGAUUUUCCGACAAAUGUUCCGAGUCUAUGCUCAUCUCUACUGGGCUCAUUUCACCGAGCCAUUUUACCAUCUCAACCUGGAGAAGCAGCUCAACAGUUGUUUCUCACACUUCGUCCUGACGGCUACGGCUCUGGAUAUGCUCAAGCCCGCUGAGCUGGAGCCCAUGCAGCCUCUGAUCGAUCUUUGGGCCGCCAACGGAACUUUUCCUCCCGAGUCCAAGGCAUAUGAGUAUGCCAACAUCCGCGCCGGCGAGCGUCUUCUGCAGCUUUCCAAUGUCCCCCAAUAAGCAUGGACUAGUACCGGUGUAGCGUAACACGAGAGGCGGAGAAGUUGGGGUAUCGAUCCUGUGGAUCGACUCCCAUGUACACAAUCUGGAGGGCCUGUAUCCAGCCUGGAGUCGGAGGGUUGAUAAACCAGGCAGGUUAAAUGGGACCGCAUGAUAAAGCAUAUUCUUGCAGUAGCAAAAGAGCUGCAGACUGGAGUUCGGGGGCCACGACUUAGUGCUUCGAGGGGGGCUUGACUAUGAAGGGGACACACGACUGGUGGUAGACAUACGAACUAGGAACUUUGACGUAUCGAUGUGAGGCUUGUUUCUAGGUCCCCAAACACAAAUAGAUCUCGAAAACUGAAGCAACGUAGUGUAGAAAAUCACGAACGUGACCCAUCUUGUCAAACGAUAGAUUCCUGCUCUCAGAUUACUCAAUCCAUACCCGGGCUAAUCGAUAUCUCGUCCCGUCAUGCCUUUCAGUCAUUCUUCGAUCCC